AUGGCCGACCAAUGGAGUGACCCGUCUGGCAAGAAACGGCGGAGGCCAGCCCUCGCGUGCGAACAGUGCCGCCGGCGCAAGGUGAAGUGUGACCGCGUACAGCCAUGUACCAAUUGCGUCAAGGCCCAGCGUGGCUCGGAAUGCUCUUUCAAGCCCGAUAGUCGCGUGCCCAGGCCUCCCAAGGCGUCAGAGAGAAACACCGAGCUGCAUGCCGGCUCCAGCAGCCCACCGCGCGACAGCCUGGGAGCAUGCGAGGCACCUCCGGCCCCAGCAUUCCCAGGUCCCGGGACCCACACAAGCUCAAGCAGCGCAUACCCGACUCCCUUCACAGGCAUUCGGAGCUUCCAGCCGUCAGAGGCUGCCAACAGCCCGGCAAGCCAGAGGUCAGGGCCUUCUACUGUGGAAGCCCUGACGGAAAAGGUACGGUUGUUGGAGCAGCAACUGUCCCGCGCUCUUCGGCAGAAGCAAGAUGACGCCCUGAACGAGCAGUGGUCCAACGGCUCCUUUCCCAUCUUCCUCAACAAGGGAUCCUUGUCCAAGACCCGAUACUUUGGGCAGAGUCACUGGAUGAAUGCUGCCAACCUAUUCCCUCUGAUGCAACUCAUUAAGAAGCAAGAGGCGGAAAAGACACCCUUGUUAGAGACAUUCGAGAGAUGCAAGACGUUAGGGCGGACCAUCAAGGCCCGCCGGGUCCCUUCACUCAUGACUGUAGAGUUUGGGAAGACUAUGCCACCCAGAGACCUCGCCGACAAGCUUGUCCAAGCGUAUUUUCGCACCUUUGAAACCGUCUAUAGGAUCAUCCACGGGCCGACUUUCUGGCAAGAUUAUCGUCGCUACUGGGAAAACCCCGAGGCACCCGCGAAUCCUUUCAUCAUCAUCCAGAUCCAGCUCUGCAUGGCGAUUGGUGCCUGCUUCUACGAUGAGACGUUUUCCCUCCGUGACCAGGCAAGUCACUGGAUCUACGAAGCUCACCUCUGGCUCAUGUCGCCUCCGGAGAAGUCUCGCAUGAACAUUCCCGGCCUGCAGAUCAUGUGCCUGCUGCACCUGGCACGCGAGACCACCUCUAUCGGCGGCGACCUGACAUGGAUCUCGGCCGGCGGGCUCCUCCGGCUGGGUAUGUACAUGGGGUUGCACAGAGACCCAAAGCAUCUCCCGAAGCUCAAACCUUUGCUCGCCGAGAUCCGCCGAAGGCUUUGGGCCACCAUUCUUGAGAUGAUAUUGCAGUCAAGCAUCGACUCUGGCGGGCCAGCCCUUGUGUCAUUGACAGAUUUCGACACUCAGCCCCCGAGCAACAUGGACGAUGACCAGCUCGUCGAUCUCGGCGAUGGAGAGGAGCCCGCACCCCGGCCUCCGACUCUCUUUACUCAGACAUCUGUACAGAUCGCCCUUGUCCAGUCCUUCCCAGUUCGCCUGGCCAUUGCGCGCUAUAUCAACGACUUCCGCACCGUCAACAGCUACGACGAGACUUUGCGCCUCAACUCUGAUCUUUCUAAAGCCUGCCGCACACUAGCAUCCACGCUGCAGAGGUUCCAGGCCACGGCGACGUCGCCCGGUGGGAAGCCUUCCGAGUUCCAGCUGCGCCUCGUGGAACACAUGACUCACCGCCUGUUCCUGACCAUCCACCACCCGUGGUUCGCGGCCUCUCAGCACAACCCCAAGUACUACUUCUCACGCAAGGUGUGCGUGGAGACAGCGCUGAAACUCGUCCGGGGCUGGAGCCCGAAAAUAUCGCGGAACCUGAUCCGCGAUCCCACAACUUCCGCAGACCACAACACGUGGGAGAACUCGGUCGACGACUUUUCAAGGCUCUCCAUCGGUGGUACUGGUUCGUUCAGAUCGGUGCCUAUCCAGUCGCUGUUGUUGCUAGCACUUGAACUGAUCUGGCAGCUAGAAGAGGAGCAACCUGAGAGGAUGAACGCUGAUGGUGACACCCUCGGCACAGUCGACCUCGGUAUACCAUCGGGCCUUGCAGUGGGUGGUGUGGCUUCGCAAGAGACUUUGUUCAAUGCCAUGGACCAGGCUUGUUUAUAUACCGAGCUCCGUCUCCGGGCUGGAGAGACAAACAUCAAGGGUCACGUAUGUGCCUGUGCUAUCAAUGCCCAGGCACGGGCUCUACUGCGAGGCCCUCUCGAUGUCGCCGAGAUGGAGAAGAUAGUACUGGAAGAGGCCCUUGAAUGCUCCAAGCGGUGCUGGGACAUUCUGAGACAGGUCGCCGUGCACAGGCAGGACGUCACCGCUCCGAUGCAACAGAUGAAAGUGAACCAAGAGCCAUUACGCGACCCCGCAGUAGAGAGUGACAUCUUCAACAUUGGUUCCAUGGCGCAGGAAGGCCUUGCCAUGGAUGUGGAUAGUCAGUGGGCAUGGGAAGAUUUUAUGAAAGAUCAAGGCGGUUUCAAUUUCAACUUCAGCUUCAACAAUUUCGAGUCGCCUCCCAUGUGA